AUGGUCACCGACUUGCUUUGCUAACUGUACAAAAAUGCAUAGUUUCCUGAGGACUGAAAAAUCCUUUUGCUAUCUGCUAUUAACUCUGCUGGCAGGCUUGAAAGGUUCCUUGCAAUGUGACACUGAAGAAAGGCUUUUCCAAAAACUGUUUGCACGUUACAACCAGUAUAUCAGACCUGUAGAAAAUGUGUCUGAUCCUGUUAUGGUACAUUUUGAAGUUGCAAUCACACAGCUCGUUAAUGUGGAUGAAGUUAACCAGAUCCUGGAAACAAACUUGUGGCUUCGUCAUAUAUGGAAUGAUUAUAAAUUGCAGUGGAAUCCUGAAGAAUAUGAUGGAAUUGAAUUUAUGCGCAUUCCAGCACACAAAAUAUGGAAGCCUGAUAUUGUUUUAUACAACAAUGCUGUUGGGGAUUUUCAAGUAGAAGGGAAGACAAAAGCUUUAGUCAAAUACAAUGGCUUGAUAACAUGGAAUCCACCUGCAAUAUUUAAGAGCUCCUGCCCAAUGGAUAUAACUUUUUUCCCCUUCGACCAUCAAAAUUGUUCAAUGAAGUUUGGAUCCUGGUCAUAUGAUAAAGCUAAAAUUGACCUUGCCAUCAUUGGGUCAAAAGUGGACAUGAAAGAUUUCUGGGAGAACAGUGAAUGGGAAAUAGUUGAUGCUUCUGGCUUCAAGCAUGAUAUUAAGUAUAACUGCUGUGAAGAAAUCUACACUGACAUAACAUAUUCUUUUUAUAUCAGAAGGCUACCCAUGUUUUAUACGAUAAAUCUAAUAAUGCCAUGCCUUUUUCUCUCAUUCUUAACAGUUCUGGUCUUCUACCUCCCAUCAGACUGUGGGGAGAAGGUUACCUUAUGCAUUUCUGUUCUUCUUUCCUUAACCGUGUUUUUGUUGGUCAUAACUGAAACUAUCCCAUCAACUUCCCUUGUAAUCCCACUUGUGGGUGAAUAUCUUUUGUUUACAAUGAUUUUUGUAACCCUGUCCAUUGUAGUUACAGUAUUUGUUCUAAAUAUUCACUACAGGACUCCAACAACCCACAAAAUGCCCAGGUGGGUUAAGGAUGUAUUUUUGAAACGCCUGCCAAAAUUAUUAAUGAUGAAAAAAACCGUAGAGAAGAAGAACCGGCCUUGUUCUAAAAGAAACAGGAAAAAAAUCUGUGAGAAAUCACGUGAAUUGGUGAACUCUGAAAGUGCUGAGGUGGAGUUGUUUGAUGACGAGUCUUGUUAUCAUUGCAUGAGAUCAAAAGAACGAAGCUCCAGGAUUAGAAGGAGACAACAAAGGGACUCUAAUGGUGCAGUUCAAGAGUGUUCAUCUGAGAUGACUGAGGUGGUUGACAGCAUUCAGUUCAUGGCAGGAAAUAUCAGAGAUCAAAACGACAGGAAAGAGGAGGAAGAUGACUGGAAGUAUGUUGCCAUGGUCAUUGACAGAGUUUUCCUUUGGGUGUUUAUCCUCCUGUGCGUUCUAGGAACCACUGGCUUAUUUUUACAACCUAUUAUAGAUGGAUAA